ACCAGCAGCAUAGGCCUACAUAACAGUGGCCAUAGGACUGUCUGUCACUGUGUAGAUUGAAGACGCAUCGGCAUACAAAAUAAAGGAAUACAGAAUAAAACAUAUAUUCUUGCAAAAUGUCUCGAGCGGCAGACAGACUGAAAGUGGUCUUCAAUCAUCUAGAUCGACCAUCUUCUUUUGUUCAAGCAUCUUCUACCUCUGGCCAAAACGUUGCCUACUAUCAACCACAAGCACUGAGGUAUUCCUUUGACAAUGAUCUGCUGAGCACUGAGCAGAGAAUCUCCUAUGAGGAGAAUGGCUUCCUCCUUAUCAAGGGCCUGGUGUCUGGGGAGGACAUUGACAGAUUCAGGGUGGCGUUUGAGCGGAUAUGCCGUCGGGAGGUGCAGGUCCCGGGGCUGGUGGUGAUGAGGGACGUGUCCAUCGCCAAGUCAGAGUUCGUCCCUGACCAGAAGGCCAUCUCCAAGCUGCAGGACUUCCAGGAAGACACUGAGCUAUUCCGCUACUGUAGACUGCCUCAGAUCCUGAAUUAUGUGGAGUGUUUCACUGGUCCCAACAUCAUGGCCAUGCACACCAUGCUGAUCAACAAGCCCCCAGACAAAGGUAAUAAGACGUCUCGCCACCCCAUGCACCAGGACCUGCACUAUUUUCCAUUCCGUCCGGCGGACCGCAUCGUGUGUUCCUGGACCGCCAUGGAGAAAGUUCACCGCCAGAACGGCUGCCUGGUGGUCCUGCCUGGUUCUCACCACGGCACCCUCAAAGAACACGACUACCCAGAGUGGGAGGGCGGGAUCAAUAAGAUGUACCACGGUGUCCGUGACUAUGACCCCAAUCAUCCCAGGUUGCACCUGGAGAUGGAGAAAGGAGACACAGUGUUCUUCCACCCUCUAUUGAUCCACGGAUCUGGAAUGAACCAGACGCAGGGCUUCCGCAAGGCCAUCUCCUGCCACUAUGCCAGUGCUGACUGCUACUACAUUGACGUGAGGGGAACCACCCAGGAGAACAUAGGGCAGGAGGUGAAAGAGAUCGCAGCAAGGAAAUAUGCUGUAGAUGACGUCACAUUUGAGGAUACCUGGGCUGUAAGGGGCCGUCUGGUGCAAGGGGAUAGGACCAAUCUGUGAGAAAGCCCGCCCACCGCAGUGUGAUGGUCACUCACCACUAACAACCUGCCAAUCAAAGGAGAUUGAAAAGAGUUGACAAAUCUACCAGCCAAUAAACUGAGACUCAGUGACGGGAGUAAUGUAUUCAUUAGGUGAGAGAGAUUGUCCAAGAGUCCAGUCAGGGAUGUUUGCUGGGUGUGUUUAACGUAUUAAACUAAAGGGACGUUAAUUGCAGUUAAAUAUUGAUUGAAGUGAUCAUCUUCUGCCUAACAAUAAAGCACUUACUGUGUGGUGGACUAGAGUGAGAGGAGCAGAGGUAGAAUGUGUGAGAGAGAGAGAGAGAGAGAGAGAGAGAGAGAGAGAGAGAGAGAGAUAGACUGGGAGUGUGUACGAGAGAGGUGAGUGGAUGAAGGUGAAUAGGAGGCUAUUUCUGUUAUGAAUAUGAGUAUGUUUUAGUACACUUUGGAAACCAGGUACUCAGGGUGUCACUUUGUAGACCAGUCCGCCAUGAAAUACCAGUAACCUUGAUGCCUUAAUAUAACAGAAUCCUAGUUGUAUUUUACAUCACCGCCUUAACAAUCAAAUCUAUGCUGCUUUUAAUGAGUGUAAUGAGUACUUAUGUUUAAAACCGGUUUGUAAAUUAGUUUAUAUGUGAUUUCCUUUCAUUAUUGUCGAUGUGACUGGCAAUAAACGGACUCAGAAUCAA